UGCUCAUUCAAUUGGGAUAGUGACAAAUUUCAUUGUUAACAAACCUUAAUGUUUAUUAGUGAAAAUGUUUCUAUUUUAAUCAAUUCUUGUAUAGGUAAACAUGUAAUUAUCAUGGUUUUCAUUUUCUUACCUGAUUACUUACAAUUAUAAUUGACAGUUGACUCAAUGAUCCAUAUAAUUAGUUGUAUGAAGAUAUAAACAAAAAUCAACUCAAUAGUAGAGAAUUGAUCAGUUGAUUGUCGACCAUUUAUCCUGAAAUAUUACAUGGAAAGCUCACAUUUCGGUGAAUGAACCUGUUAUUGUUUACCUUUUGUACGUGAUGUGGAUUCAACAGAGAUCAAAUAAUCAUCAUUGUUAAUGAUGAUGAUUUAGUUGACAUCUUGGAAAAGGAUCUCAAGUCAAUUUUCUUUUCUCCUCCUCUCUCUCUCUCUCUCUCUUCCUCAUUAGCUAACAAUUUAUUUUCUUAUUGUGAUAUUAUCGUGAAUUUUCAAUACCUUUCGUAAAGUCUGAAGGAUCAGAACAAAAAGUGAAAAAAUAGUAAUAAAUCAACAAGUGAUAUUGCGACAAUGGAACCAAUCUUUGAUUCUACUCCAACUACUGCUAAACAGAUCAGCGAUUUAUUUAGUAAUCCUGUUAAUAGUGAUUCACCAUCAUCAAGUAAUGAUAAACGAAUGGAAUCAACAUCAAUCGAUCAACGAGUAUUGGAUCAAUAUGCUCUAAUUAAACCAGACCCAGAGACCUACAGCUCUCUUGUUAAUCAUAUCAAUUCAAAAUUGUUCAAUGGAAAUGGUGAAACUUUAUACCAAAUUGGUGUGAAUGAACGUGGCGAUAAUGGAUUAACCGAGGACGAAAUGAUCGAAUCAGUUGCUACACUAUCAAGAAUUUCCGCUGAAUUAAAUGCUGAUUAUGUUCUGUUAAGAUCUAAAACAUUACCAAAUGGUAAACAAAUCGGUGAUUAUCUUAUUCGAGAAAGAGCUCAAACAAAUGAUUUCCACGAGGUGAGAGUCGCUGUCGUGGGUAAUGUAGAUGCUGGUAAAAGUACUCUUCUUGGUGUAUUGACACACGGGGAAUUGGACAAUGGCCGUGGACUUGCUAGGCAACGUUUAUUUCGUCAUAAACACGAAAUGGAAUCAGGUCGAACCUCAUCCGUUGGAAAUGAUAUCCUUGGUUUUGAUAGUAAAGGAGCAAUAGUUAAUUCAGCUGAUGCUCAUGCUGGUCAUCUUGAUUGGGUUAAAAUCUGUGAGGCUUCAUCUAAAGUGAUUACAUUCAUCGAUUUAGCUGGACAUGAGAGAUACUUGAAAACAACGAUAUUUGGUAUGACCGGACAUGCACCUGAUUACACUAUGCUUAUGGUUGGUGCUAAUGCUGGUGUUGUCGGUAUGACCAAAGAGCAUCUUGGUUUGGCUCUUGCAUUAAAUGUUCCCGUUUUCGUGGUUAUAACCAAGGUUGAUAUGUGUCCACCCAAUGUCCUUCUCAAUACUCUUAAAUUGUUACAACGUAUUCUUAAAUCUCCCGGAUGUCGUAAAAUACCUGUAAUGGUUGGUAGCGAGGACGAUGUUGUCUUAGCUGCUUGUAAUUUUGCUACUGAAAGAUUAUGUCCAAUAUUUCAAGUUUCCAAUGUUACUGGAUUCAACCUCGAACUUCUGAAGAUGUUUAUGAAUCUUCUUAUGCCACGAAGUCCAAAUUAUGAUA